UGGAUUGUGUCAAUCGUGCUGCACAGAUAUGGUGCUCAUGUUUUGACCAGCAAAUUUCGAGAGUUAGCCGAUCCGAAUUUUCCGAAUGUUCGCGAGAUUGCUGCUGAAUCGGCGUUGUGCUUUGUGAGCAGUGAUGAAUUCUUGGAUGUGGCGAGACCGAUUCUACACAAAACCAUUUAUAUUGGCGGAUUUGGUGUUCCGAACGAAGCUCAACCACUAGAUGAGCCAUAUCGAUCAAUGAUGAGGAAAGGCAAAAAAGGAGUGAUACUCGUUUCACUCGGCACUGUCGUGCCCUCAUCAAAGCUUACUGACCAGAUGCGAGAAGAUUUUUUCAAAUUGUUUAAACAUUUCUCCGACUAUCAUUUCAUUUGGAAAAUUGACGAGCAGGAUGAAAAGGCACGAAAAUUGGCAGCUGGAUUAAAGAAUAUUGACUUGGUACGUUGGAUACCUCAAAAAGAUAUGCUUGGUUAG